UCAUGAGUUUGUGAUUUUAGUAAACUUCAACAAAAAGUCACUUGAUAGCGUGGCACUGAAACACCUAUAUAAUACUAACUUGUUAUUCCUUCUUCUGCCAGAAUUAUAGUCACCACUAAUUGGUCUUUGGAGCACACUAUUACCAAAGACUCAAUUGGUCACUCUACCUUAAAAAUCUAUCCAUGGCUCGUGAACAACUAGGAGUUCUAACUGCCCUUGAUGCAGCCAAAACACAAUGGUACCAUUUCACAGCCAUCAUAAUUGCUGGUAUGGGAUUCUUCACAGAUGCAUAUGACCUUUUCUGCAUACCAAAUGUUACCAAGUUACUUGGAAGAAUAUAUUACACACACCCAGGUGCACUCAAGCCUGGAACUUUGCCUCCAAAUGUAUCAGCAGCAGUAAAUGGUGUUGCUCUCUGUGGCACUCUAGCAGGCCAACUUUUCUUUGGUUGGCUUGGGGACAAAAUGGGAAGAAAAAAAGUUUAUGGUCUAACUCUUGCCCUUAUGGUAUUCUCUUCUCUUGCUUCUGGCCUUUCUUUUGGUCACUCAGCAAAGGGUACAAUUGGAACUCUUUGUUUCUUUAGAUUCUGGCUAGGUUUUGGUAUUGGUGGUGAUUACCCUCUUUCAGCUACUAUUAUGUCUGAAUAUGCCAACAAAAAGACUCGUGGCGCGUUUAUAGCUUCGGUUUUUGCUAUGCAAGGGUUUGGAAUUUUGGCUGGUGGAAUUGUUUCUCUUGUAGUUUCAACUGCUUUUGAUCAUGCUUUUAAGGCUCCACCUUAUAAAGUUGACGCUGCAGCUUCACUUGUACCAGAAGCUGAUUAUGUUUGGAGAAUCAUUCUCAUGUUUGGUGCUGUUCCUGCUGGUUUAACUUACUAUUGGCGUAUGAAAAUGCCCGAGACAGCAAGGUACACUGCACUUGUUGCUAAGAAUGCAAAACAAGCAGCGCAGGACAUGUCGAGUGUGUUACAGGUUGAAAUUGAAGCUGAACAAGAAAAAGUAGACAAGAUAGGCGUGCAAGACAAGAACAGUUUUGGUUUGUUUAGUAAGGAGUUUCUUAGAAGACACGGUCUUCAUCUGCUUGGAACAACUUCCACUUGGUUUCUUCUUGAUAUUGCUUAUUAUAGUUCGAAUCUUUUUCAAAAAGAUAUUUAUAGUAGUAUUGGUUGGCUUCCACCAGCACAAGAUAUGAAUGCAAUUCAUGAAGUUUUCAAAGUUGCUAGAGCGACAACGCUUAUAGCACUUUGUGGAACGGUUCCCGGAUACUGGUUCACGGUGGCUUUUAUCGACGUUAUUGGUCGUUUUGCAAUUCAACUAAUGGGAUUCUUCUUUAUGACUGUGUUCAUGUUUGCGCUCGCUAUUCCGUAUGAUCAUUGGACUAAGAGAGAAAACAGAAUUGGAUUUCUUGUUAUGUACGCAAUGACUUUUUUCUUUGCAAAUUUUGGUCCAAAUUCAACCACUUUUGUUGUACCUGCCGAGAUUUUCCCGGCUAGGUUGAGGUCUACAUGUCAUGGUAUAUCCUCUGCAGCAGGGAAAGCUGGAGCAAUUAUAGGUGCAUUUGGAUUCUUAUAUGCUUCACAAAGUAAGGAUCCAAAAAAGAGAGAUGCAGGGUACCCUGCUGGUAUUGGAAUGAAGAACACUCUUAUUUUGCUUGCUGUGGUUAAUUGUCUUGGCAUAUUUUUCACGUUUCUUGUUCCAGAAGCUAAUGGAAAAUCAUUGGAAGAAAUGAGUGGAGAGAAUGAAGAAGAAGAAGAAACUGAAGCUGCUGUUGUUGAUCCACAAGCCUCUUCUAAUAGGACUGUUCCUGUGUGAUGUAUUACUAUUACCAAUGGUUUUUUUUUACAAGAAUUUCAACUUGUUAAGUAUGUCUAAUACUCAAUCGUCAUUAAAGUAUAGAGUGUCAUAAAAAUUGCACAAAAGGUGAUAUCCAAUAGUGUGCAAAUGUGUGUAGCAUAAGAUAUAGUUUGACUUUACAACAAAAGUGAGAUAAGUUUAGUUUGGUUUAUCAUAUUACAUAUUCCUCCAGAAUAUCAUCUGGUGAAAUUUUUGUUUGUUAUUCGACUUGCCUGUUAAAAAAAAGUCCUCAUCCUUCCUCUACCUUUUAUAUGUUCAUGCUAAAUUGG